AUGCCGCAGAAGGACCGCCCGUCCGCUGCCGCAGGUGUUGCGCCUAUCCCCGUCAUCGACCUCGGCCGCCUAUCCAGGCCUGACACAGAUGGUGGUGCCGUCGAGGAGGCAGCGAAACUCCGGUGGGCGCUCGAGACCUGGGGCUUCUUCAUGAUUACUAACCAUGGUAUCGAGGCCUCUCUUAUGGAUGCGAUGAUGAAUGCAUCCAAGGAGUUCUUUGGGCAGCCUACUGAAGAGAAGCAAAAAUACAACAACAUAAUUGAUGGCAAGCGUUUUCGUCUUGAAGGGUACAGAAGUGAGCUGCUGCAAUCUGAAGGCCAGACCCUCGAUUGGUCCUGCCGUUUAUCUCUGCAAGUAGAACCGGAAGAGGAGAGAAGUUUCCACCUUUGGCCCAAGUAUCCCAAAUCUUUGAGGGAUGUGCUACUUCAGUACGCGUCAAGAACCAAUAUAAUAAAAGAUUGUAUCAUGCGAGCCCUGGCAAAUCUUCUAGAGCUUGAUGAGGAUUACUUCAUCAAUAGGACCACAACCAGGGCCCGAGCAUUAGCUAGGCUAGGCUACUACCCUCCAUGUCCGAGGCCUGACCUUGUAUUGGGCUUCAAGCCUCACUAUGAUGGUGGCGCCCUUUCAAUCCUUUUCGUCGAGGAGAACGCCGGUGGCUUGCAAGUUCUGAGAAAUGGAAAAUGGUACAAUGUUCUAGCCAAGCCUUAUACAUUGUCGAUCAACAUAGCAGAGUGCAUUGAGAUAAUGAGUAAUUGCAUCUUCAAGAGCCCACCACAUAGGGUCUUGACAAAUGCAGAGAAGGAAAGGACCUCAGUAGCUAUAUUCUAUGGCGUGGAUGUGGAAACGGUGGUUGAACCAGCACCUGGUUUGUUGGAUGAGAAGCGAGCGGCAAGAUUCAAGAAAAUAAAGGCCGAGGAUUACUAUGGUACUGUCUUUGGGCAUUUCCGCCAAGGAAAAAGGCUUAUCGACACCCUGAUAAUUUAA